AGUCAGCCUGCCGGAGACAGAGCCUCCACGACUCCCAGCCUCCUCCUCGCCGCCGCCGCUGCUGCCGCCUCCUCCUCCUCUCCUCCUCCUCCUCCUCUUCCUCCUCCCUCGCUCCCACAGCCAUGUCUGCUUAGACCAGAGCAGCCCCACAGCCAACUCCGGCAGCAGCCGCCGCACAGCAGCAAGGACAGCCGACGCCGCCAGUGAGCGAUGACAGGAGUGUUUGACAGAAGGGUCCCCAGCAUCCGAUCCGGCGACUUCCAAGCCCCGUUCCAGACGUCCGCAGCCAUGCACCAUCCGUCUCAGGAAUCGCCAACUUUGCCUGAGUCGUCGGCUACCGAUUCCGACUACUACAGCCCCGCGGGGGGAGCCCCGCACGGCUACUGUUCUCCUACCUCGGCUUCCUACGGCAAAGCGCUCAACCCCUACCAGUACCAGUACCACGGCGUGAACGGCUCCGCCGGCAGCUACCCCGCCAAAGCUUACGCCGACUACAGCUACGCCAGCCCCUACCACCAGUACGGCGGCGCCUAUAACCGCGUCCCCAGCGCCACCAGCCAGCCAGAAAAAGAAGUGGCCGAGCCCGAGGUGAGGAUGGUGAACGGCAAACCAAAGAAAGUUCGUAAACCCAGGACUAUUUAUUCCAGCUUUCAGCUGGCCGCGUUACAGAGAAGGUUUCAGAAGACUCAGUACCUCGCCUUGCCCGAACGCGCCGAGCUGGCCGCCUCACUGGGACUGACGCAAACACAGGUGAAAAUCUGGUUUCAGAACAAAAGAUCCAAGAUCAAGAAGAUCAUGAAAAACGGGGAGAUGCCCCCGGAGCACAGCCCCAGCUCCAGCGACCCCAUGGCGUGUAACUCGCCGCAGUCUCCGGCGGUGUGGGAGCCCCAGGGCUCGUCCCGCUCGCUCAGCCACCACCCUCAUGCCCACCCUCCGACCUCCAACCAGUCCCCCGCGUCCAGCUACCUGGAGAACUCGGCUUCAUGGUACCCGAGCGCGGCCAGCUCAAUCAAUUCCCACCUGCCGCCGCCCGGCUCCUUACAACACCCACUGGCUCUGGCCUCCGGGACACUCUAUUAGACAGGCCGCUUUCUCUUUCUCUCUUUUUUGGGACUACUGUGUUUUUGCUGUUUUAGAAAAUUAU